CACUGAAAGAAUGUUGGAUUCUUUGAUCCUAUAUUUAUUGUGGGAGAAAUAUAAAGGGCGCGUGGUUCAUUUUUGGGCCUUCGAAGGAACCAGCAUAAAAUCAGGGUCUCCAAUAACGUCACCCUCCUUCGAAAUCCGCUUAUUGGCUGUUGUGAAGUUAUUACAAUAUGGAGCCGGUUCUGGUCCUUGGAAGACGGACCGUGAUCCCGGAGCAGCUUAUAUAGUAUUCGGUUCUUUCUUAGGUUCGUCUCUUUCGGCUCUGGUUCAACAGGCGAUUAGACUACCGGUCUUAUUGGUCUAUAACUGUCCGGUCUUUUUGCUAGAUGAGCCAGAAGCGAUGGCUAUUCUUCCAGAAUUCCGAAGUUUUCAUCGGAAGUUCGCGUUUUGGAUGAGAAACUUGUUGAGUAGACCUCAUAUUUUCAUAGCUGCGUCUGAAGUUGUUUUAGAAAUGUUUGCAAGGAUUACAGUACAGUUUUAUAUGUAUACUCCUGAAGGUAGUUGUUUUAGAGAUAUUUGCAAGCAUUAUAAUGACAGGAAUAACAGGUACAGAAAAAAACGACGCGUAUGGGGAUCUUAA